AUGUCGGAGUCAGACCUCAGCAGGAAGUGGGACUGGUGCUUGGCGGAUACAGUCGUCAAGCUGGGUACUGGUUUUGGAUUAGGACUUGUUUUCUCACUUACCUUCUUUCAAAGGAGAAUGUGGCCACUAGCCUUUGGCUCUGGCAUGGGGUUGGGAAUGGCCUACUCCAAUUGUCAGCAUAAUUUCCAGGCUCCGUACCUUCGGCAUGGGAAGUAUGUCAAAAAGCAGGAGCAGUGACCACACCUGAGAACAUCCCAGUGGGAAGAGAAGAGAAAUCAUGUUUAUUCCUCAGGAAUACUGAAGUGCCCUGGAGUAAGCUGACAUUCCUCUG